AGAAAGGGGAGGGCAGGAGGCAAUUUUAAUAAAUGUAUGCGUAACCGUGUGUCUGGGCUUAAGGGAAAAUCAGAAAUUUAAGUCUACAUUUAUGUAUGUAUAAAAACACUCAUUAUUCCAGGCAUAUUUUAAUUAUGAAGUUAUAUUUUUAGAGACUUGAUCCACAAGGCACGAUAUUGGCACUUAAAUACAUCGAUAAACAUACAGACUUUUUAUUUUCCCCAUUUCUUUUUUGUAUGUGUUAAAUUUUUAGAGCAGGGAGACAUUCUAAACUGCUUGUUACGGAUACAGCGCAGUUUCUGCGUGAGCGAGACCUCAACCGGACUCGGUUGAAGCCACGAGCUGGAGUUUGAACGAUCCGGGCGCAAUGGCGGUAAACUUGGACAAGGAAGCCUAUUACCGCCGGAUCAAGCGGCUGUAUGCCAACUGGAAGAAAGCAGAGGAUGAAUUUGGGAAGGUGGAUGCCAUUGUGGUGUCGGUGGGAGUGGAUGAGGAGAUUGUCUAUGCCAAGUCCACUGCCCUCCAGACCUGGCUGUUUGGCUAUGAGCUGACAGACACCAUCAUGAUUUUCUGCGAGUCCAAGAUCAUCUUCCUCGCCAGCAAGAAGAAGGUGGAGUUUCUCAAGCAGGUCGCCGUAACCAAGGGCAACGAGAACGCUAACGGCCUACCCCCCGUGACCCUGCUGGUGCGAGAGAAGAAUGAGAGUAACAAGGCUAACUUCGAGAAGAUGCUGGAGGCGAUUCGGGCCAGCCGGGGGGGGAAGACGGUCGGCGUGUUCAUCAAGGACAAGUUCCCCGGGGAGUACAUGAAGAGCUGGAACGACAUGAUCACUGCAGAAGGCCUUGAGAGGGUGGAUAUCAGCGCUGUGGUGGCGUACACCAUGGCGGUGAAGGAGGACGGGGAGCUGGCCCUGAUGAGGAAAGCGGCGGGAAUCACCAGCGAGGUCUUCUCCAAGUUCUUCAAGGAGAGGGUGAUGGAGAUCGUGGACGCGGACGAGAAAGUACGGCACAGCAAGCUGGCGGAGUCGGUGGAGAAGGCCAUCGAGGAGAAGAAGUUUCUGGGAGGGGCGGAUCCCUCCACGGUGGAGAUGUGCUACCCGCCAAUCAUCCAGAGCGGCGGCAACUACAGCCUCAAAUUCAGCGUGGUCAGUGAUAAGAACCACAUGCAUUUCGGGGCGAUCACCUGUGCGAUGGGGAUCAGGUAUAAGUCAUACUGCUCUAACCUGGUGCGCACGCUCAUGGUGGACCCGCCGCAGGAAAUGCAGGACAACUACAACUUCCUGCUGCAGGUGGAGGAGGUCCUGCUCGGCCAGCUCAAACACGGGGUAAAGCUGUGUGACGCCAAUAAUGCUGUGGUGGAGUUUGUGAAGAAAGAGAAGCCAGAUCUGAUGGGAAAACUGACAAAAAACCUGGGGUUUGUGAUGGGGAUUGAGUUCCGUGAGGGCUCCCUGGUACUGAACAGCAAGAACCAGUACAAACUGAAAAAAGGUAUGGUGCUCAGCGUCAGUCUGGGAUUCUCUGACCUGGUGAAUAAGGAGGGGAAGAAGGAUGAGCAGAAGAAGUACGCCCUCUUCAUCGGAGACUCCAUACAGAUCAACGAGGACGAGGCUGCCACAGUUCUUACCCCAGUGAAGAAGAAGAUAAAGAACGUGGGCAUCUUCUUAAAGAAUGAGGAUGAGGAGGAGGACGAAGAGGAUGCGGACAAUGCGGAGGAACUCCUGGGAAAAGGAGCUCGAGCGGCCCUGCUAACAGACAGAACCCGGAAUGAAAUGACCAUGGAGGAGAAGAGGCGGGCCCACCAGAGGGAGCUGGCCAAUCAGAUGAACGAGGAGGCCAAGAGACGCCUGACGGAGCAGAAAGGAGAGCAGCAGAUCCACAAGGCUCGGAAAUCCAACGUCUCCUAUAAGAGCGUGUCCCAGAUGCCGAGGGAGAAGGAGAUUCGGGAGAUGAAGAUCUACAUCGAUAAGAAGUACGAGACUGUCAUCAUCCCCGUCUUCGGCAUUGCCACGCCCUUCCACAUUGCCACCAUCAAGAACAUCAGCAUGUCGGUGGAGGGGGACUACACCUACCUGAGGAUCAACUUCUACGUCCCUGGCAGCUACCUGGGCCGGCAGGAGGGGAACAUCUUCCCCAACCCUGAGGCCACCUUCGUCAAGGAGAUAACGUACCGCGCCUCAAACCUGAAAGUGGCGGGUGACCCCUCGGUGCCCUCCAUCAACCUGCAGAACGCCUUCCGCAUCAUCAAGGAGGUGCAGAAGCGCUACAAGACCCGCGAGGCCGAGGAGAAGGAGAAGGAGGGCAUCGUCAAGCAGGACUCCCUGGUCAUCAACCUCAACCGCUCCAACCCCAAACUCAAGGACCUGUUCAUCCGGCCCAACAUCACUCAGAAGAGGAUGCAGGGCUCGCUGGAGGCUCACACCAACGGGUUUCGUUUUACCUCAGUUCGUGGGGACAAAGUGGACAUUCUGUACAACAACAUCAAGCACUCCAUAUUCCAGCCCUGCGACGGAGAGAUGAUCAUCGUCCUGCACUUUCACCUCAAGAACGCCAUCAUGUUUGGGAAGAAGCGGCACACGGACGUGCAGUUCUACACGGAGGUGGGCGAGAUCACCACGGACCUGGGGAAGCACCAGCACAUGCGCGACCGCGACGACCUGUACGCCGAGCAGAUGGAGCGCGAGAUGCGCCACAAGCUCAAGGCCGCCUUCAAGAACUUCAUCGAGAAGGUGGAGACGCUCACCAAGGAGGAGCUGGAGUUCGAGGUGCCCUUCAGAGACCUGGGGUUCCAGGGCGCCCCCUACAGGAGCACCUGCCUGCUGCAGCCCACCUCCAGCUCCCUCUGCAACGUAACCGAGUGGCCCCCAUUCGUUGUGACCCUGGACGAGGUGGAGCUGGUGCACUUCGAGCGUGUGCAGUUCCACCUGAAGAACUUUGACGUGGUGAUCGUCUACAAGGACUACAGCAAGAAGGUCACCAUGAUCAACGCUGUGCCCAUCAACUCCCUGGACCCAAUCAAGGAGUGGCUGAAUUCCUGUGACAUUAAGUACACAGAGGGAGUGCAGUCUCUGAACUGGACCAAAAUCAUGAAGACUAUAGUGGAAGACCCCGAGGGCUUUUUUGAACAGGGCGGCUGGUCCUUCCUGGACCCGGAAAGUGAGGGGAGUGGGGAUGAAGGCGGUGACUCUGAAUCAGAAAUGGAGGAUGAGACUUUCAACCCUUCGGCUGAGGAAGACGAGGAGGAGGAGGAGGACAGCGAUGAAGAUUACUCCUCUGAGGCGGAGGACUCUGACUACAGCGCUUCUCUGGGGUCGGAGGAGGAGAGUGGGAAGGACUGGGACGAGCUGGAGGAGGAGGCCAGGAAAGCGGACAAAGAGAGUCAGUAUCAGGAAGUGGAGGAGACCACCUCUAACAGGAAGAGGAAGGGGCGCUCCACAGCCCCGCCCCCCCGCAGCAAGAAGAAGAGACGCCACUGAGCAUUGUCCAGAUCUGUGUAUAUAUAAACAUACAUACACUCUACAUGUGCAUAUAAACAUACAUACACUCUACAUGUGCAUAUAAACAUACAUACAUUCUACACAUGUGCAUAAACAUACAUACACUCUACAUGUGCAUAUAAACAUACAUACUCUAUGUGCAUAUAAACAAACAUACACUGUACACAUGCAAUUAAAUAUACAUACACUCUACGCACAUUAACACACUAUGCAUACGCAUACAUACACACAUGUACACUUAGUCAUGCAUACAUGCACACUUGCAUACAUUCACAUGUGCAGUGCAUACUGACUCGCAUACGUACACCCACUUCACUCCUGCAUUUCCAUAUACACGUUCAUCGCUCACAAACACACUCUCCCUCUCUUUCUCUCUCUUUCUCACACACGUAUCCCAUUCCAUCUUUUUUUUCCUCUGGGUAUUCCUCCAUCUCUUUCUGAGAACCAGGGGAGUCAGAGGUUGUGUGUGUGUGCGUGUGUGUGUACAUGCGUGCCAGUUUGUUUAGAAGUGCAUCUGUCCUGUUGAGUCCUCUGCUGAUUUCAGGGAAAAUAGGCUCUGAUCACCGUGAGCGUGUCUGUGUCUGUGUGCGUGUGCGUGUGCGUGUGAGUGUGAGAGAGAUGGAGAAAUAGAGAGGGGUGGGAUGGUUUUGCUGUUCAGUUUUUAAAUGAUUUCAGUCUGGGGGGGGAUUCCUCCUCUUCCUCCCUUCACACACACACACACACACACACACACACACAGAUUUUCAUUUGAGAUAAAAGUUUGAGUAAAAAUGUGUUAAACACACAUACACACACGUGCGUACACACAGAUUUUUCUUACUCUUCUCUUUCCCUUUCCGUUCAGUUAGGUUUGUGAAAUCUGUUGUAUUGUUAAUUCUAAUAUCCUGUUUUUUUUUGUUUUUUUGUUUUUUUGUUUUUGUAAUAAAAUGGAGAUCAAGGAAA